AUGAAGGCAGGCAGACACCUCUUUGCCCUGGGGCUGCUGCUCGCCCUCGGGGCCCAGCUGUCCUCUGCCAGCAAGGCAAGCCAAGCCAAGGCAGGCUACUGCUACAACGUGCCGCCCCUGGGAGACGUCUUUGAUGAGAAGGACUGCAGCACCUGCCUCAAGAACAACUCCUGCUCCAACUGCGACAGGGACGCCCAGUGCCCAGGCACGGAGAAGUGCUGCCCGGGGGACUGCGGCUACGUCUGCCAGGAAGCUGUCUUUGACUUCUGCCAGCUGCCCUCCGUCUGCGGGAACUGCAAGGCCAUGUUUGCGCGCUACUUCUACAACGCCUCCACCCAGAAGUGCGAGCGGUUCGUCUACGGGGGCUGCGGAGGGAACAAGAACAACUUUGAGUCGGAAGACGAGUGCUCCAGGACCUGCGGCUAG